GUAGCAGUGUGUUAUACACUGAGGCGGCAGCCCUUGCCGAUGAAGAUCUCCAUCGGCUCAAUCCGGUACGUACAACCAGCUGCCAUGGGAUUGAUUAAAAUAAGAUUGCAAAAGAAGAACUUCUGCAAAAAAAUCUUUUUGUCUCGACCGAAUUGCAAUGUUUUCCCAUGGACAAGCAUUUAAUCCUAAAUUCUAGUUUAAGUAGUGGCCUGAUAUUUCACCUCUGUCUAUUCGGCAAUGCUACCAGACUUUUGUAAAAAGUCAGCAACGUAAUUAACGAAUCCUUCGUCGAGUUUUCUUUCGGUGCGUUCUGCUUUUUGCCAAGAGCCAUAAAAAAUUGUCAGAAAAUUUUAUUAAUUUCACAGUACAUUUCCAUAAAAUAUUGUGAAUAUUGGCAAUUAAUAUUGAAAUAUAAUGGAUUCGCAACAGAAUUCAAUAAAAGUAGUGUAAUUGUUGAUAUAAACGCAAAUAUAAUCGGCAAGAAAAGCUGAGCGAAAAGUACACAUACUUUCCUCUGCCGAAAUAUUCCUAUUACACUUUCAUGCUGCUUCUUCGUUGCGGUCGUCCGUCACGAUAAGAGUUUUUUUUAUAUUUUGCACCGCACCACGCCGUUUUGGCGUUUGGAGUUCGAGUUCAACCCGGUUUUUUUUCAUUUAUUUUGAGAGUGCGACAGAAAAACUAAGGAAACUGGAUGUGAUAGAGUUUCUUAUUUUGAUUCGAAAGUAAAAUUGUUGUGGGGCAGCUUUUGUCCAGAAAGUAUUAAUUGCUAUAAUGGUUUAAAGCAAUCGGAAACAUUGACAAAACAAUUGUACAUAAUUUCUUUGCGGGAAGAAGAAGAGUGGAUACCGACAGCUACACACAACCGACUCGCCAUUUGACUGGCCGCUAGCAGAAGGAAGGAAGGAAACAUUACCAAUAAAAUAAUUUCCUUUAUUUCGUUUCCCCUCUUUGCAUCAUCUAUCGUUCGUCAUCGCCGACGUUUUCUUGUUUUAGCAAACGUUCAAAUUUAAGGGUGACAAAAUGAUGUUCACAGUGACCAGUGAAAAUCUAGCUAUAUUUCGCUGCGACUUACCAGAAUCUGUGAUGGGAAUCAAUCCCAUGACCAUUACGGCCUUUUGUGUGUGUGCGAGUUGGCAGGACCAUGGUCAGUUGUGUUGCUGGCAAUUUGGCUUAUAUACAUACAUAAAUCUCAAUACUUCAAGUAAAUCUUUGGCCGUCAUCAUGCACACCAGCCAAUUGCAUGUACUUCAAAUAUUUUCACAUAUCUCUAUCCGAAUAGAAUGGGGAGUGGUCAACUUUCCUACAAUGAUACCAUUUCCACUAUACCUGUUUAGAGCUUGGCAACAGUUUUACCUUCAAUUCCAAUGCUUAUAACACAUCUAUUUCAAACGGGCACCACACAACAACAGGACACCCGCUUCAGCGACAAGGAAAAGAAACUUAUGAAGCAAAUGAAAUUUGGCGACUGUCUUAACAAACGGGUCGACAUGUCCAAAGUAAAAUUGGAUGUCUUACGGCCGUGGAUCAGCAAAAAAAUUACCGAAAUUUUGCACAUUGAAGAUGAUGUUGUCGCUGAGUUUGUAUACAAUCAACUGGAGGAGGAUAAGUUUCCUUGCCCCAAGAAAAUGCAGAUAAAUAUGACAGGGUUUUUAAAUGGGCCAAAUGCCCGACAGUUUAUGGGAGAAUUGUGGGCUCUAUUGUUAUCGGCUCAGGAAAGUGAUACUGGCAUACCCGCUGAAUUUAUACAGCAGAAAAAAGACGAAAUACUAAAAAGAGAUGAGGAAAAUAGAUACCGUGAUAGAAAUGAUAGAUCGCGUUCACAGUCAAGAUCACGGUCUGGCCGUUCUCGAUCGCGUUCACGUUCCCGUGAGCGCAAUAGGCGUGGCCGAGGAGGAUCUCGUGGUUCUGGCGGGGGUAGUAAAGAACGAACACUAACACAAAAGGAGCGAGAACAACAACUGCCCCCAAGUACCUUAAGUGCCAUAGAACAGGUGAGGUCACAGCUUUCGGCUAAAAAUAACUCUUCCAAUUCAGAUGAACGAAAAAACAAAGAGAACAAUGAAAAAUCUACAAAUAACUCUGAUUCUGUAAAGGAUAAAAAGGAGAGAUCACGCUCCAAGUCGAGAGAGAAAAAGGCAGUAAGUAAGGAAAGGUCGCCAAGGCGUGCGAGAUCUCCACGUAAAAGUUCGAGAGAUCGGUCUAAACAGAGGGAUCGUUCUCCCCGUGAUCGUCCAUCACCCUCACGUAACAAACGUAAUGAUUCCCGAGAAAAGGAUCGUAGGCGUUCUUCGAGGUCCCCAAGACGACGAUCGCAGGAACGCCAAAGGAAGCGAUCGCGAUCUAAGGAUCGUAAUCCACGUCGCCAGAAGUCAAGGUCAGCUUCAGCUCCACCAAAACGACGUGAGCGCUCCAGAUCUAGAAAUCGAAAGUCUCGCUCUAGAUCUAUGGAUAAGAAAAACCCAAGUCCUCCACCUCGUAAAUCAGUGUCGCCUAGACGCAGGAGAUCGGGAACUCGUGAUUCAAAUCCGGCACAAAAUGGCCACGAAAAAAAGAAUUCUGUUCCCAAAAACCCCCGAAAUCCUUUUGCCACCAAAUCCGUUCAAAAUAAACGCUCGUUCUCUCGUAGUCGAAGCUGUAGUAGAUUAUCACUGGAACGUAAGCCUAAACCCCGAUCUCCACAGCGUGUAUCUCCAUCUAGAUCGCGUUCCCGUUCACGUACCCGGACUCGAUCACGGUCCCGUAGCCGAUCUAUAACACGCUCAAGAAGUGCACGCUCACGAACCCGCUCACGUACUCGUACACGAACUAGGUCGCGUAGCCUACGUUCUCGUACACGCUCACGUUCGUCUCACAUUUCAAAUCAUAAACGCAUUAUGAAGCGUUCCCGUUCACGGUCUGCAAGUCGCUCUCGUUCCCACGGAACGCCGCAAGAUAACUUUGAGCUUAAACGCAAUAAAAAUAGUGUGCAAAAUAAGCGUCAAUAUCGAAACAAUAGAGACUCAUCGGCCAGUUCAUAUGAUCGUGAAAUGGGCGUUGGUAGAGGCGGGGGCGCAAAAAGAGGCGACUCUAGGACCAGAGGCAGAGGUGGUUAUAUGCAUAAUCGCCGACGUACGCCGCCUCGUUUUGAAGAUAGGCGUCAGCAACGUUCUCGAUCGCGAAGAAGAUCACGCUCACGCCCUCGUUCAUUUUCUCGCAACCGUUCUAGGUCUCCCAGGAGAUUCAAUCGCAGACGCUCUCCUGGAAACUUCCGAGGUAAUAAUCGUGGCAAUCGAGGUGGCGGCCGUAUGAACCAAUGGAUCCGCCGAAGUCAGAGUAGAGAUAGAGGUGGUAUGGCAGGCGGUAGGGGUGCCAUGGGCGGCGGUGGUAACCGAUUUGAUCGACGCUCGCCUCAGAGACGAUUCUCGCGAGAAAGACGGAUGUCUCCGAUUCAAAAUCAAUAUCGCAAAUUUUCACCACAAAAACGCUUUUCGCCCCAAAGACCUUCUAGAGACAGGCGUAACACCUCAUUAGAACGUCGUCCAACAUCUCCUGUAAGGGUGUCGCCAAAGCCUAGCAAGAGCCGCCGUUCAAAAUCGACCAGUACAAAUUGGGAAGAAGAUGGACAAUCAGAUGAAAUUGUAGUUGUUCCGACAAGUGUGUUUGGACGAGCCAUUGACACUAAAUUAUCACCGAAGAAACCUUCCACCAGCAAGAAAUCAAUCGACAAACAUCGUCGCGAAUCUAAUAGAUCACGCGGUGAAAGUACAGGUCGAUCAUCGGUAGAAUAUUGUGCACCUCCAGUUAGACUUAUCGAUUUAUCGCGUGAAGAAACAAAUGAAAAACAGUCCCACAAGUCAUCGAGACAAGAUCCUCCACCACAUCAAUAUAAGUCUAAACCAGAACCACCACCUGCUAAUGAUGAAAUCCCGAAAACGAAGAAAUCAGCUCCUCUACCCCCUGCACGUCGCGAUCGCUACAGUGUUAGUUUAUCCAGAACUCCCUCACCGUUCCUUAAACCACAUGAACGCAAGCAGGCCGCAGCCGCGGCUGUAGCAGCUGUAUUAGAAGUUGCAGUAGCCUCAAAUCAAAAGAAAACCCCGGCCGACAAAAAAUUUGUCAAAAAAGCAAAACAAGAAAGCGAUUCAAGUUCCUCUGAUAGCUCAGACGAUAGUGAUGAAAGUGAUGAUGAUGAUGACAGUUCAGAUGAUGAACAACAGAGAAGUAAAAGGCGCAAGGAGAAAGAAAAGGCGCACAAUAAUAAGUCACAAAAAGAAUCUAGUAAUAAAAAAACAGCCGUGGUGAUUGUGGACAAAAUUAAGGACAAAUCUAGUAAAACAGAAAAUGUUGUUAAGUCCGUCGGCCGUAAGACACAGUCCUCAUCGAGUGGUAGUGACUCUGAAGACAGCGAAGAUGAAAAGCAUAGACGAAAGAAGGCAAAAAUGACUGCAGCAAAAGCUACAACCAAUAAUAAGGAGACAAAAGCUUCGCAUACGGUCCCUGACGACGAAGACAGAAAACGCGACAAAUUGAAAUUGGAGGUGGCAGAUAAACGCAAACAAGCGACUGCUUCAGAUAUGGCGCACUCCACAUCAUCGUCCUCCAACAAACGCUCCAAAUCCAGCGCUGAAAACACCAACGCAGCAUCGUCCUCCGUAUCCAAGAAAUUGCAAAAAUCAGAACAGAAGAGGCAAAAGUCAGAUUCGGAGACCGAGGAAAAUGAACGAAUGGAUCUAGAGGUGAAGUCGAAGCUAGGGGGCUCCUUUACCUCGUCGCGCAAAAGAACGCAUUCGGCGUCGGUAACCAGUCAUAAGAAAUCCAGAAAUGACUCCUCUGAAUCUGAUGAUCAACAAGCGGUGGCAAAGAAAAAACGAAAGAAGUCCAAAAAAUCUUCUAAACGCAAUUCCGACGACAGUUCUUCAGAUUCCGAUGAUGAGUCGAGUAAAAAGAAGAAGCAUAAGAAACACAAGAAGCACAGCAGCAAGAAAAGCAAAAAACACAAGAAACACAAGAAGAGGAGUAAGAAGGCUGAUACAUCAUCUAGCAGUGAUGAUGACAACGCUACCGAGAUGAAUUACAAAAAAGAUGACAAGGGGUCGUCAAGGGCCACUGCUACCGCCUCACUACUACUUGGUGGUGUAAAUGAAGAUCUAGAAAAACAAUUAAGGGAAAGGGCUCUAAAAUCGAUGAAGAAAUUAGAUUAGUGUAACUUUAUGCAUUAGAAACACUCACACACUUACACACUCAUACAAAACACCCUCCCUGAAAACAAGAAAUAAUGGCAAAUCA